UCUAUUCUUCUAAAUCUUCCAUAUUCUAGGAGAAACAGAAGGGAACUGGAAGAUUUUCUUCCCUAAUUCGUAACAAAAAUGGAGAAAUUUGGUAAGGAAAUUGAGGAAUUAGGGAAGGAAAUUAGGUAUUUAGGUUUGUUAUCCAAAGAAGAAUUCCUUUUUUUUCUUUUCAAUUCAAAGAAACCCUAAAAGAGCAAGCAGCAAACAGAAUCCUUCUGCUGCUACUGUGAUUCAAUCGAUUUAUAAGUAGUAACGAUACUGCAAUGGCUUCAUCUGAUACGCAAUCAUUGCAUGAUUCACAAAUGGAGCCUGAAACUUCAGCUAGAGGAAAAAUAGACAUUGCUUGGAAGUAUGCAAAGGAAGAGAAAGAUCCAGUGACUAAGAAAAUAUCCAUAACAUGUUUGGUUUGUAUGAGAAAGAUUAUGGGUGGAGGAAUCAAUAGGCUGAGUAAGCAUCUUGCUGGACAAAGAGGGGAAAUCACACCUUGUAAAAGAGUUAGUCCAGAUGUUCGAUAUCAAAUGCUAGAGUCAUUGAAAGAGACAUCUACAAAGAAGUGACAAAGAGAGGUUGAGGCUGAUGACGACCAGGAUAACGAUGUUCAGGAAAUCGAAGAAGUUCAAAUGAAUAUGCAAACUACUGUGCCCAUAACAACAAGUAGAAAUGGAGGUAGUCAGAGGGUCGCAGGGGUAGCUAACCAAAAAAGCACAGGAAUAGGUGGAUAUUUUGCACCUCGAACUGCUCCUGGUUCUCAACCAUCAAUAAGAAGUGCACUUGCGAGCAAAGAAGUAAAGAAACAAACAGAUUUGGCUGUUGCUACUUGGAUGUUUGAUGCUUGCAUCCCAUUUAAUGCAAUUAAUUCACAUUAUUUUCAGCUUAUGUUGGAUGCAGUCGCUGUAGUUGGUCCUGGAUACAAGGCUCCUUCCUACGAUGAUAUUCAUACUAAUUUAUUAAGAUCUAUGGUUAAAGAAGUACGAUUAUUUGUUGAAAAUUUCCGCAGGUUUUGGGAAGAUAAAGGUUGCACUAUUAUGGUAGAUGGAUGGAAAGAUACAAGUAACCGCAGUUUAAUUAACUUUUUAGUUGAUUGUCCAAAGGGAACUGUUUUCUUAAAAUCAGUGGAUGCUUCUGACAUGGUGAAGAUGGGAGAAAACCUUUUCAAUUUGCUUAAAGAAAUGGUUGAAAUUGUAGGUGAACAACAUGUUGUUCAAAUGGUAACAUAUAAUGCUAGCAAUUAUGCACUUGCUGGAAGAUUGUUAGAAGAAGAAUUCCCUAAUACGUACUGGACACCAUGUGCUGCACACUCUGUCAAUUUGAUCUUGAAGGAUUUUGGAGAACUGGGUGAUAUUAAAAAUGUCGUCAACAAAGCGGUGAAGGUAACAAAGUACAUUUACAAUCAUUCAAUGGUGUUAGCUUUAUUGCGUAAACGACCUGGCUGGACUGAAAUUACUCGCCCAGCUACUACCUGUUUUGCAACAAAUUUUAUUGCAUUACAAAGCAUUAUUUAUCAUAAGCAUUACUUGCAAGGACUAGUUACGUGUCCUGAAUUUGUUGAGUCUUCGUGCUACAAAGAAGAUAAGGGACAGGAAUUUUGUAACAUAGUAAUGAAUAUUGAAUUUUGGAAGACUUGCUCGAAGGUUGUUAAGAUUAGUGAGCCAUUUGUUCGUGUGUUAAGGAUGGUGGAUUCAGAAGAUACGCCUGCAAUGGGUUUCCUGUAUGAUAACAUUAUUAAGGUAAAGGAUGAUGUGUCGAAUGUGUUCAACAGAAGGAAAAGAGACUAUGAACCUUACAUGAAAAUUAUCAACAGUAGGUUGGAUAAGCACUUCAAGAAAAACAUUCAUAUCAUGGGAUAUUGGUUGAAUCCUGCUAUACAGUAUAGUGAAGACAUGUCUAAGGAUCCUAGAAUCCAUUCUUGUGUCUUAGACAUUAUUGAAAAUGUUGCAGGAUAUAAUCAAACAUUGCAGGACAAGUUCAUGAAAGAGAAACAAACUUUUCAGGAAGCAAUGGUUGACUUUGGUCGGAAUAUUGCAAUCAACCAACGGAAAACAAUGACUCCGGCUGAAUGAUGGAGAAACUUCGGUUGUGCUACUCCAAAUCUUCAGAAAUUGGCAUUUAGAAUUCUCAGUCAAACUUGCAGUUCGUCGGGAUGUGAGAGGAACUGGAGUGUAUUUGAACGUAUACAUUCCAAGAAAAGAAACAGACUAGAGCAUCAAAGGCUGAAUGAUUUGGUAUAUGUUCAUUAUAAUCUCCAUUUAAAGACGAGGAAUAGUACCAAAAAAACAUUUAAAUGAUCCUAUAGAUUUUGAUGCAAUCGAUUUGACAGAGGAUUUGGUAGUAGACGAUGACCCUGACCAGAUUAAUGUUGAUGAGCUUGAAGCUACAGCUUCUGAUGUAACAAUUCCAAUGUUUGAAAAUGAAAGUCAGAGAAACCAUGAUUUUCCACAAGCAAGAGCAGAUGAGGAUAAUGGAAAUGUUGCUGGCGCGUGGAAUGAGCUUGAUGAUAAUGAUGAUAUGGAUUUGGAAAAUGAUAGGAUGUUUGAACGCCACGAUCUGAAUGAUUUCGGUUAUCAAGAUGUCGGUUCUGAAGAUAACCAUUUCAAUUUAAACGAUCCUCCUCAUUGAUCUUCCUCGUUUUUUAGAAGUUAAAACUCACUGGUAGAACUUAGAUUCCUAUCUAAAUUUUGGAUAUCCAGUUAUUUAACUUAUUUUAUUGUUUGAUUUUUAUAAUUUAUACUUUGGAUAGCUA